CCUGAGGGCUGCCCGGCGCCGAGCUCUGCCCCGAGAGAGAUGGAGGAGCCGGGGUCCCGCGCAGAGGUCAUGGAAGAAGUGACAUCGUGCUCCUUCAACAGCCCUCUGUUCCAGCAGGAAGACAAGAGAGGGGUCACCUACCGGAUCCCAGCCCUGCUGUACAUCCCCCCCACCCACACCUUCCUGGCCUUUGCAGAGAAGCGCUCCACGAGCAGGGAUGAGGAUGCUCUCCACCUGGUGCUGAGGCGAGGGUUGAGGACUGGGCACUCGGUACAGUGGGGACCCCUGAAGCCGUUGCUGGAAGCCACAUUACCUGGGCAUCGGACCAUGAACCCCUGUCCUGUGUGGGAGCAGAAGAGUGGCUGCGUAUACCUAUUCUUCAUCUGUGUGCGGGGCCAUGUCACCGAGCGUCAACAGGUCAUGUCAGGCAGGAAUGCGGCCCGCCUCUGCUUCAUCUGCAGUCAGGACGCUGGCUGCUCAUGGAGCGAGGUGAGGGACAUGACUGAAGAGGUUAUUGGUGCAGAGGUGAAGCGCUGGGCCACAUUUGCUGUGGGCCCAGGUCAUGGCAUCCAGCUGCAGUCGGGGAGGCUGGUCAUCCCUGCAUAUGCCUACUACAUCCCCUACUGGUUCUUUUGCUUCCGGCUACCAUGUAAAGCCAAGCCUCAUUCCCUGAUGAUCUACAGUGAUGACCUAGGGGCCACAUGGCACCAUGGCAGGCUCAUUAAGCCCAUGGCAACAGUGGAGUGUGAAGUGGCAGAGGUGACCGGGAGGGCUGGCGACGCUGUGCUGUAUUGCAGCGCUCGGACACCAAAUAGGUGCCGGGCCGAGGCUUUCAGCAUUAACCAUGGUGAAUGCUUUCAGAGGCCAGCCCUGAGCCCUCAGCUCUGUGAGCCCCCGCAUGGCUGCCAAGGCAGCGUGGUGAGUUUCCGGCCCGGGGAGAUCCUUCAAGUGUACCAGGACCCUAAUGGCAAAGAUGCUCCUUCCGUUCAGCAGAACCCUCUGCUGGACAGCGCACUGAGGCUAGAGCAGGAAGCUGGAAUGCUGUCUGAAUCUUGGCUCUUGUACUCACACCCAACCAGUAAGAAGCGGAGGGUCAACUUAGGCAUCUACCUCAACCAGACCCCCUUGGGUGCUGCCUGCUGGUCCCGACCCUGGAUCUUGCACUGCGGACCCUGUGGCUACUCUGAUUUGGCUGCUUUGGAAAAGGAAGGCUUGUUUGGGUGUUUGUUUGAGUGUGGGACCAAGCGAGAGUGUGAGCAGAUUGCCUUCCGCCUGUUUACAGACCGAGAGAUCCUGAGCCACAUGAAUGAGGACUGCAGCAGCCCUGGUAAGAGCUCUGAGCCAACUGAAAACUAAAAAUUGGCUUAGGCCCCAAUUUUCCUUAGAAAGGAAACCACAGAAGGCAACCACAGGAUGAUGAAGGCCAGGUUAAUAGAGGUUAUUGAAGUCUACAGAGAAUCCAAAAACUUAAUAUUCUGCUCUCCACUUCUUUUCACUUCUCCAAAGAGCAAAAGGAAAAUUGUGCUGUAGUUACUGCAGUGGGAAGAACUAUGUGUUGGGAAACCAUGAUGUGGUCCUGGCUUGCUCUGGGACCUUGGACGUGUCCCCUGAACUCUCUGGGCCUCAGGUCGUCUCCAUCUGUAAAAUAAGAGGAUUGGCUCUGUGAUUUUUCUUCUUCCCAUUCCUAGGAAAGGCAAAGUGCCUGCAUGCUCCGUGAUCGGCAAGUCCUGGCUGCAUGGGUCUCUGAUAGGACUCUGAUCUCUAAGUGGAAGUCAGAGGACUCAUCUUUUCCGGUGACUCACCACUCAUCCAGGUGUGAGGCCACAAGCAGGUGUCCUGGCACAAAGGAAGAUCUGGAUGGUUUGUUC